CGAGUACGGUGUACGCGUACGCGGUGCGAAGGCUAGAGAGAAAAAUCUCAGACACUAGAUUCAGCCACAGAUGCUACAUUCAGCAGAUUACAGUUCGGCAGACCCGACUAGGGAGAAGAAGCAGGCAACACCGGCAUCAGCUGAGUGCGACUGACUGAAAAACUGCUGAAAGAAAAAAGAGACAACAGACCGUGACUAUACGCACGCUCACUGUGCGCUGUUCCCGUUAUUCGCAGUACUGAACACAAUUUUUCAUACCCAUCGGCUGAUGUUGUUAUUUGUUAUUGUUGUUGUUUGAGUGAACAACACAAGGUUCUUAAUUCACAAUGGCAUCAAAAAUGCAGUUAAAAUGGACAGAAUUAAAGUGCGAGCUGAGCAAAGUGUGUCUUGACACAGUAAAGAAGUUUGGCUUUGAUACUAUGACACCAGUUCAGUCCGCUUGCAUUCCACUGCUGCUUUCCAGCAAAGACGUUGCAGCCGAGGCAGUCACUGGAAGUGGAAAGACUCUAGCAUUUCUAAUACCAGCUAUGGAACUCAUGAUGAAACGCCAGGAAAAAUGGAAGGAGUUUGAAGUUGGUACCCUGAUUAUUUCACCCACUCGUGAAUUGGCAACACAAAUAUUUGAGGUGUUAAAUCAUUUCUUAGAGACCCUUCGCACAGUACACCCUGACCGACAACUCCGGUCUUUACUUCUACUUGGUGGUAAUUCUGUUGAAGCUGAUGUUUCAGCAUUGAGAGAUAAAGGAGCGAAUAUUAUUGUUGCAACACCAGGCAGAUUUCAAGAUAUUCUAGAACAUCGCAAUGAUGUCAGUUUAAAACCAGCCUUGAAGUCACUGGAAUUUCUAGUUUUGGAUGAAGCUGAUCGUCUCCUUGACCUUGGUUUCGAGCGGUCUUUAAAUACUAUUUUAGCGCAUCUUCCUCGUCUGAGACGUACAGGUCUUUUCUCUGCAACCCAGACAAAGCAUGUUGAAACACUGAUGCGGGCGGGAAUGCGCAAUCCUGUUCAAGUCACUGUAAGAGAAAAGGGAUUAGCAAAUGAAGAUAUUUGUACUCCAGCCACUCUUACUAAUCACUAUGCAAUUGUUGAACCACAAAAUAAAUUAGCAGCUAUAGUGGGAUUUAUAUUAUCAGAAGCUGCCCAAAAUCCUGAUGAUCCUGGGAAAUACAUGAUUUUUAUGGCAACUUGUGCUUGUGUCAGCUACUUCUCUACAAUUCUUGCAAGGGUUUUGACAAAUUUGCCAGUACUGUGCAUUCAUGGGAAAAUGAAGGAUGCUCGAUACAAAGUCUUUGAUAAAUUUCGAGCAGCUGAUAAAGGUGUUCUCAUAUGCACUGAUGUAAUGGCCAGAGGUGUAGAUAUUCCAGCUGUGAAGUGGGUCUUGCAGUGUGAUGUUCCAAAGGUUGCUUCUGCAUUUGUUCAUCGCUGUGGACGCACAGCUCGAUCAGGACAAAGUGGGUCUGCCAUUGUCUUUUUGAUGCCGAAUGAAGAUGCCUAUGUGGACUUCAUACUUCGUAACCAAAAUGUUCCACUCAUCAAAAGAGAAGUUUCCAUUUCUGAUCCCAACAAUGUCCUACAGACUGCACGAAAUAUUCAAAAAUUGGACCGUGCUAUUUUAGAAAAUGGUCAACGUGCAUUUGUUUCAUUUGUUCAGGCUUAUAAAAAGCAUGAAUGUAAUAUUCUACUUCGUGUGAAAGAUCUUGAUUUAGCCUCAUUAGCUACUGGAUUUGGAUUACUUCGGUUACCAAAGAUGCCAGAGCUCAAGGAUGUUGACACGUCAGGCUUUGUUCAGGAGGAUGUUGAUUUAAACAGCAUACCUUUCAAGAAUAGUGAGCGAGAGGCUUCAAGACAAAAUAAGUUAACCAUAUACAAAGAAACUGGCAAGUGGCCAUCAAAAAAUCAACAGAGAUCUCAUAAAAAGCAAACGGAACCAUGGUCCAUUGCUAAAGCUCGAAAAGAAGAAAGAAAGGAAAAAAGAAGGUUACGUAAAGUGAAGAAAGCAGAGUUAAAAGCCCAGGGCAUUGAAACUAAGAAAAGGAAAAAGGGGUUGACUGCUGAAGAGUUGGAAGAACUUAAGAAUGAUGUUGCACUCAUGAAGAAGUUAAAGAAGAAAAAGAUAACAGAAGAGGAGUUUGAUAAAAAUUUUGGCCUUGAUGAACAUUGACAAGUAUUAUUAUUAUGUUACUUGUAGUUAUCUAUGUAAAUAGUUGUGUAAUGAUCUACUUGUUUAUGUUUGUAACAUUUAAAAAAAUAUUUUGUGAUAAUAAAUUAAAUGCAAAAUAAAA